AUGAGGGUCAUCCUGCUGGUGAGUUCUCCCUUCUUCUCGAGGCGAGUCAGCACAACGACGGCCCAGUCUUCGGUCAAGAGCAAGGAGGGUCCCAGCGGACCGACGCUUGACAGGCAGCGCACGAGACGGGUGGAACUUGCUGAGGCAAUAGAGUUCGUCGCCGGCGGCAGCGGAACGGGUUCUUGUGGCCGCGAGCUUCAAGCGCGCCAUCAGUCGGAUGCUGGCGUCUUUGAUUUGCUGGCCAUAUUUGCCGAAGCAUCGUCCAAGGAGCUUAUGAGAGAGACCAAGAGAAGAGCCAUCUUCGGGGAGUGGAAGCAGUGGCUGGCGGCUGACGAACGGGCGUCCCACCGGCUAGACCAAGUUCUCGUCCGGACUGGGAAACGCGGCCCGGGGGCAAAGGGCGAGGCGGGAGCCCAGUGGCGGCUUGAGAGGCUGAAUAUCCUCGUCUUGGCUCUCAGGAUAUUUCAGAAUGGCAGCACUUCAAGCCACCGUGCUGAACACUAG